AUUAUCUUGCCGUAAGUAAACGGUAUUUAAUGUUCGGUGCCCACAUAGAAUCUUCUCAUCUCUGUUGAAUUUCCAGUUCUCUCUCUAAAAUUUUUUCUAAAAAAUAUUUCUUCCAAUUCUGGAGUCAGUCUCUUUGACCACUAGUCUGGGAAUUUUGGCUUUCAUUUAUCUAUUCGGCUGUAAUUGAAGCUGUAGAAGGAAGUUGAUAUAGCAUGGACGGGAAUAAUUGGAGGGCGGCGCAACCUCUGGCCCAGCCUCAGGGUGGUGACCCCACCGCCAUUGCUGCGGCGGCGGCACCGGCUCCCGGAGCUAUGGAGACGGGCGAUUGGCGGACUCAAUUGCAACCGGAGUCCAGGCAGAGGAUUGUCAACAAGAUAAUGGAGACUUUAAAGAGACAUCUUCCCUUCUCUGGACCAGAGGGACUGCAGGAACUUAAGAAAAUUGCAGUGAGGUUUGAGGAAAAAAUUUAUACUGCUGCAACAAAUCAGUCAGAUUAUUUGCGGAAGAUAUCCUUGAAGAUGUUAUCUAUGGAGACAAAAUCACAAAAUCCCAUGGCUAACCCUCUGCAGGCUAAUGUUGCCAAUAGUAGUCAAAAUCCCCAAGGAACAGGUUCACAUCCAAUGCAACCCCAAGUUAAUAACCAAGUGCAGCAACUUUCUGUUCCUAUGGUAACCAAUCAAUCUCAAGCCCGGCAGCAACUACUUUCCCAAAAUAUUCAGAACAAUAUUACAUCAUCUGGAAUGCAGAAUUCUGCUAGUCUGAUGCCUGCACUUCCUAGCGUUGGCAAUUUGACUCAGCCUAACAUUCCAAGUGUAGUAAGCCAAAAUUCUAAUUCACAGAAUGUACAAGGAAUUCCCAAUGUUGCUCAAAAUUCAGUAGGAAACAGCAUGGGUCAUUCGAAUAUGGUACCCAAUUCUCAGAGACAGAUGCAAGGGAGGCAACAACAAGUUGUUUCCCAACAGCAACAGCAACAACAACAGUCUCAGACCCCUCAUCCACAUCUUUACCAACAGCAGCUACGCCAUCACAUGAUGAAACAGAAAUUUCAAUCUCAAGUGCAGCAGCAACAGGAGCAGCAGCAACAACAGAACCUACUACAACCAACUCAGAUCCAAUCUUCUCAGCAAGCGGUCAUGCAGCCCUCUACCACACAACAAACUUCUCUGUCAAACCUUCAGCAGAAUCAACAAUCUUCUGUUCAACAACCAAGUCAAUCCAUGCUCCAGCAACGGUCACAAACGGUCCUCAGGCAGCAGCAGCAACAACAGACUCCUAUGAUUCAUCAACAGCAGGGAUCAAUGUUGCAACAGCCAAUGUUGCAAAGCCAACAGCAACAACCUCAACAGCAGCAACAGCAGCUGAUUGGGCAGCAGCAACAGCAGCUAAUUGGGCAGCAGCAGAGCAUUGCAAAUAUCCAGCAGAACCAGCUAAUUGGCCAGCAAAACAACAUCCCUGAUGUGCAGCACCAGCAGAAUAGGCUGAUGGCCCAACAGAAUAACUAUUCUAGUGUACAACAGCAGCAGUUAAUUAAUCAGCAAAAUAAUGUUCCAAGUAUACAUCAGCAGCAAAUGGGCCCUCAAGGUAAUGUUGCUGGUCUACAACAGCAACAGCUGGCUGGAAAUCAAUCUAGUAACUCUGGAUUGAUAACUAAUCAACAUAUCCAGAUGUUACCACAAUCAAAGGUUGCAGGUCAACAACAAAUGCUUCCAAGUGCUACACUUUUGCCAACUCAAGGUCUUCAAUCUCAACCACAACAGCAAAUGAUGCAACAGAAUCAAUCACAACCUGGGCCAUUGGGUUUGCAGCAGCAAGCAAAUCCUUUACAACGAGAAAUGCAGCAGAGGCUUCAAACUCCAAGUCCUUUACUUCAACAGCAGAACUUGAUUGAUCAGCAGAAGCAAAAUUUUCAGCCACAAAGGGCUGCUCCAGAAGCAUCAUCUACAUCUUUAGAUUCAACAGCUCAAACUGGAAACGCAAAUGUCGCUGAUUGGCAGGAAGACGCUUACCAAAAGAUCAAGGCCAUGAAAGAGACAUAUUAUAUGGAUCUAAAUGAAUUGUUCCAGAAGAUUGCUGGCAAAUUGGCUCAGCAUGAUUCUGUUCCUCAGCAACCCAAAAAUGAACAAAUUGAAAAGCUCAAGAUGUUUAAGGUUAUGGUAGAACGCCUUCUUCACAUGUUGAGGCUUAAUAAAAAUGAAAUUCAACCACAGCACAAGGAAAAAAUGGCUUAUAUUGAGAAGCAGAUAGUUUAUUUUCUUAAUUCCAACAGGACCCGGAAACCUACUUCAUCGAUGCAGCAAGGGCAACCUCCUCAGCCUCCACAAAAUCAUGAUGGCCAAAUUAAUCUUCAGAUGCAAUCUGUAAAUGUGCAAGGCACUAUGGCAGCAAUGCAACAGAAUAAUUUGACCAACAUGCAGCAUAAUUCUCUGUCUUCUGUAUCUGCAGUCUCAAACUCUCAGCAAAACAUGUUAUCGACAAUACAGCCUGGUGCUAGUUUGGAUAUUGGGCAGGGUAGUUCAUUAAAUUCACUGCAGCAGGUGUCUACUGGUGCUUUACAACAAAAUCCUGGUUCCCAGCAGAUGAACAUAAACUCAUUUUCAUCACAAGGUGGAGCAAAUUCACUGCAGACUAACCUUCAGCCAAAUCCUAAUAUGCUUCAGCCAAAUUCUAAUAUGCUUCAGCACCAGCAUCCUAAGCAACAUGAACAGCAAAUGUUGCAGAACCCACAACUGAGACAACAGAUACAGCAGCGGCAGAUGCAGCAGCAAAUUUUGCAAAAGCAACAGCUAAUGCAACAACAGCAGCAAAUAAAGCAACCACAGGCUCCUCUGGCAGCACAGUCAAUGUCACAGCUUCACCAAAUGGUUGAUACAAAUGAUAUAAAGAUGAGGCAGCAGAUAGGUAUUAAACCACCAGGUGUGCUCCAGCAGCCUCAGUCACUUGGCCAGCGUGUUGUAUCACAUCACCAACAGCUCAAGUCAAGUAUCACCUCACCUCAAGUUCAUCAGACACUUUCUCCUCAGCUUGCCCAGCAUCCUUCACCACAAAUUGACCAGCAAAAUAUGUUGGCAUCUCUUACAAGAACAGGAACACCUCUCCCAUCUGCAAAUUCACCUUUUGCCCCAUCUCCUUCAACUCCCUUGCCAGGGGAGUCAGAAAAAGUUAGCAUGGGCAUUCCAUCACUUCUUGGUGCUGGGAAUGUAGGGCAUCAGCAUACAAAUGCUGCAUCUGCAUCAGCUCAAUCUCUAGCAAUUGAUACUCCCGGGAUAUCAGCAUCACCGUUGCUUCCAGAAAUUAACAGUCUAGAUGGCACACAUGCAAAUGUACCAACCACCAUUUCUGGGAAGUCAAGUGUUGAACAACCUCUGGAACGCUUGGUUAAUGCGGUAAGAAGAAUGUCAGCUAAAGCAUUGAGUUCCUCUGUUAGUGAUAUCAGCUCUGUUGUCAGUAUGAUGGAUAGAAUAGCUGGGUCUGCACCUGGAAAUGGCUCAAGAGCAGCUGUUGGUGAAGAUUUGGUUGCCAUGACAAAAUGCCGUAUGCAGGCAAGAAGUUUCUUGACACAGGAUGGACCUACUGGAACAAAGAGAAUGAAAUGCUAUACAACCUCAAAUGUAGUGUCAUCUAGUGGAAGUGUAAAUGAUAGUUUUGUACCAUGGAAUGGCUCUGAAGCAUCUGAUUUGGAGUCAACAGCAACAUCCAGCAUAAAAAGACGCAAGAUUAAGGUUAACCAUGCACUCAUUGAAGAGAUAAGGGAAAUCAAUCGACGACUGAUUGAUACUGUGUUAGAAAUCAGCGAUGAAGGUGUUGAUGCAAGUGUUCUAGCUGCUACAACUGACGGAAGUGGAGGUACCACUGUUAAGUGUUCUUUUAGGGCUGUGUCUCUCAGUCCAAAUUUAAAAAAACAGUAUGCUUCAGCUCAAAUGUCACCAAUUCAGCCUUUAAGAUUGCUUGUUCCUGCAAAUUAUCCAAAUUGCUCUCCAAUUAUCAUGGAUAAGUUUCCAGUUGAAGUCAGUAAAGAGUACGAGGAUCUAUCAACGAAGGCCAGGUCAAAGUUUUCCGCCUCCCUCCGAAGUCUAUCCGAGCCGAUGUCACUGAGGGACAUUGCGAGAACUUGGGAUUCCUGUGCUCGAGCAGUUAUUUUGGAGUAUGCCCAGAAAAGGGGUGGGGGAAGUUUCAGCUCAAAGUAUGGUACCUGGGAAGACUGUAUGACUGCAGCAUGACCGCUGCUCACCUCACUCACAAAUUUUGUUUUUCCUAAAAGUCCCAACACCUUCAUCUCAUCCUUAUGAUGAAGUAUUUAUAGGAAUUUUUUAUGCUUACUUUGUAAGCUGCAGCUUAUCUUCUUUAUAUUAUGAGACAUUUAGACACAGGCUCUCAAAGUUUGAACUGUAUGUUUGUACUUGUAGCAUCCUGUCCUGUGGCGUUGCCCUGUUUAACUUUAUUCGGAUUUUCUUUGUUGUUUUGAAGGGAACUGUGAGGAAAAAAUAUAUUUAUUUAUUUUAUUA